AUGGAAGAAGAACGCUUCACACAGGGACGCGAUACCUUUCUGGAAACGCUCGAGCUGUCGCAAGAGCAACGAGAAGAACGAGAUACGAGAGGUCAGGCUGAGAGCCCAGUAUGGUUCCAGGAGCGAAGGAAGAGCCUGACCGCUUCGUCUUUUGGCAGGGUAUGCAAAAUGAGAGAACACACCAGCUGCGAGAAGACCAUUCGCGCGCUCUUGUAUAAUUCUGCUUAUACUGACGCAAUGCGCUUCGGCCGACAACACAAAGCACUAGCCGUUCAGGAGCUGGAGGAGCAUCUGGGGGUCCAGGUGCAAAAGAGCAGUCUGUUUGUCCACCCUGCGCACUGUUACCUGGCCGCAAGUCCUGACGGCCUAGUAGGAAACCACAAUGUUGUCGAAGCGAAGUGCCCGAAAUCAGCAAGCCUCAUGACCAUCGCCGAAGCAAUGGAGCAGAAAAAGCUACAUCACAUGACCAUUGACAGCAGUGGCAAGAUUGCACUAAAAAGCAGAAGCAACUAUUGGUACCAGAUCCAAGGGCAGCUCAAUAUAACUAAAAGACAAGCUUGUUUGUUGGUUCUCAGAACGGAGAAAAGUCUGUUUGUGCGGGAGUUAGCAUGA